UUGUCGAAUAUUUUGAAUGCAUUUUCACAGGAUUCUAAAUAAGAUAGAACCUAUGUAUGUAUGUAUGUAUGUAUGUAUGUAUCUUGUCUUGUAGAGCUCUUAAAAAAGGACUAUCUGUACCUUCGACAUAGCAAACAUCAAUUAAGACAAGCUUUAAAGUAUUUGUUCGUUUUGAUAAUUGUUGCACUGUGUGUAUCAGUAUAUUUGAGCGAUUUGUGUUUUUGUGUUUCAUUUUUUUUGUUUUUUUUUUUUUUUUUGUUUUUUUUGGAGAUUUCCUUCCUAAAGAAAUAUGUAAUUAAGUCUAUUAGGCGACAUAGUUUGAAGAGUAAACCCUUGUUUACUUUAAUUAUAGCUUUUGUAUUGAAAUAAAAAAGUAAGUAAAGCUCUUAAAUAGUAAUGCGGUUAUAAGCUUAUCGCUACAACAACAACAAUAAAUUGAAGAGUUCUUAUCUACAACAACAUUUAUAUCAAGAUAGCAUUAAUGCUUACCUACAAGCACAAGCUUAUAGCAGUUUUAUAUAAAACGUUCCAAUAACAGUGACAAUAAUAACGGUGAAGUAAACAGAAAUUAAAUAGACCACAACUACAAUUACGCGUUUGCUAUGUGAGAGUACGCGUACGUACGCUCAGUUAAAUAUUAAAACGCAUUCAAUGAAAAUCGAAACUAAAGGAAAGCGCGAUUUUAUCUGAACCGCCUCCUCUCGUCCCCACGCAAAUGAAGAUAAGCAGGGCAGGGCAGAGCAGAGCAGAACUCCAGCAAAAUUUCGUGUUUCGUUUCUUUCGCUUCUCGCAGAAUUUCAAAACGUCUUACCCGAAACGAAUGAAGAUGGAAAAGACUCCCCGUUAUACACAACGGGAGCGUAAUAUGGUGUUAGGUUAUGCUGCUCAAUACAAGGACAUCAUUGAGAAUAAACGUACUGAUGCCGAAUCAAAUCGUAAAAAAGACGAAGUAUGGCGCCAAAUAGCCAAAGAAUUUAACGCUCGUGUCUACCAUCAGAGAUCAUCUAAGCAAUUGCGUCAACUUUAUAAAAAUAUGAAACUAUUAUUGAAAAAGGACUUAUGCGGUGAAGGCAAAGGCAACCGUACUUUUAUGGAUCUAUUGAAUACGAUAUCACAGCAAGAGUCAGUCGCUCAAUACAUAUCAGAACAAAUGUCGCCGAACGGCUACAGUAGUGGCGGCAAUGGUGGCGGUAUUGCCGGAAGUGGAGGAAUCGGUCGCCAGCAGAAAUAUGAAGACGAUUAUGACGAUUCUAAGCAUCAUCCACUUCAUUUUAAUGAUGCCAUGGAUACGGAUGUCAUUGUCAUAAAAUCGGAGGAUAUCAGCGAUAAUGAACACUCUCAGGGCGAUAUGGAUGAUGAUGAUGAUGAUUGCCUAAGUCCCAAAGAUAUACCGGAAGUGUGCUUAGAAGAAGAAGAUGAAGAAUUAUUUGCUACCGAUUUACGACAACAAAAUCAAUCUUCAUCGCAUCAGGAGCAGGAGCAAAAAUCGCAUCGUAAACGUUCACUUUCGCAGAAUAAUUUACAGCAACAGCAACAACAACAACAACAACAGCAGCAACAGCAAUUGCAACAACCCGAGGUGACCAUACAAAAUAUAGGAGGGAUUCGUGUAGGGAGUAUCGGGAGUAUGGCCAAUAUGAAAGCGCUGCAAAACGGUGUUGGCAAUAGCAGCGGGGGAAGUUCAACUGCUAACAAUUCGGCAACUUCAGCGGCUUUAAGUUUAAUACAACCAUCGAACAGUACGCAGCAGCAGACAAGUGCCCUAAAUUUGCGACAAUCCGCCUCCGAACAACAGUUACAAUUGUUAAAUGGAUUGGGUUUGAGCGCAGUACAUCCGCCAACGUCAUUGCCAGCAGUCCGCUCGAGAUCACCCUCCUCACAAUCUGCUUUAGAGAAUAGCUCGCGUUUGCCAUCGUUACACCGAACCAGUGGUGGCUCACUGACGCAAAAUAAUAAUUCUAAUACCCCACAGUCAGCAUUACAUUCAAAUUUAAAUAGUGCUGCCCAACAAUUGCUGCUAAACAUUAACGGCGUUACGGGCGGGCAUUAUAAUACAACCUCUAAUCGACAUCAUCACAAUCAUCAUCAUCACCAACAUGGCCCACCAACGCAACACCACACUUCUACGCCUGCACCUUCAUCCCAUAAAAUUUCCCAAAAUGAUUAUUUUAUGCUCGGCAUUGAAGAGCGUAAGCUUAAAAUUGAAUUGUUAAAUGCGCAAAUUGAAUAUUGGAGAAAAUUAACUAAGAAAUUGGACGAGAAUGCGGGUCUGACACCGAAUCCUUCGUGUAUGUGUCAUUUUCCUGGUAAACUAAAUGGCUUACAAACACCUGCUUCAACUAGCUAGGAGGAGGCUUUAGGCGCUAAUAACGCUUUAGAACGCGAAGUCGAUGAAGAAUUUGAAAUAAUACCGGUCGAUGAGCCAAUAGAAGAUGAAGAUUCGAGAGAUCAGCAUCUAAAUAUGUCAGUUGAUGAGCAGCAAACGGAAAUGGAGUUAAUAGAAAAUCGUAAUACAAUAGAAUGGCAUGAAAUUUCCGAAAGCGAAGAAGAGGACAAAAAAAUAUAAAGUAUUUUUAUAGUAAAGCCGCCAAAAAAGAUAAAUAGAAAUAGAUAUGAGGUUAGAAUUAAAAAAACGCAAAACCGAAAAGUUUUUGUUUAUAUGUCUGUAAUAUGGAGCCUUUCUCUAGUUUUUAAUUUACAAUUUUAUAAAAUAUUGAAUUGCUGGGUUUAUUUUUUAUUUUUAUUUGUAUUAUUUUUUUUUAUUAAUGUGAAUUGCAUCCAGUGUGUCAUAAUAUUGUUGUAAACGUACAAAACGUGGUUCCUAAUCUAGUCUUUGAGUUGUAUUCGCUUUUUUUUUAUUUUUAUUUUAUCAAUAAUUAAUGUAACGCAUAAAAUCAAUGUAUUUAAAUUAAAUCAAUAUUUACCAAGCAGUUCAUUAAAAUACAAGUUUGCUAUAA